AUGUCCGGCGACACGCUCAAAGGCAUCUACGGCAUGAACGAGGAUGUCAUCCUCUACUGGGCUCACCAUGAGAAACUCUGUUUGAUUGACGGCCGGACCGCAUUCAUGGGUGGCCUCGAUAUGUGCUUUGGACGGUGGGAUACCAACCAACAUGCGCUUACCGACGUGCACCCCGAGAACUUGAACGAAAUUGUAUUCCCCGGUCAGGACUACAAUAACGCUCGCGUUCUGGAUUUCCAGGAUGUUCCGAACUGGGAAAAGAACCAGCUGGAUCGGAAGAACGCUUCUCGCAUGGGCUGGUCCGAUGUGUCUGUUAGCUUGCAUGGCCACGUCGUCGAGGAUCUGCGUCGUCACUUCGUGGAGCGCUGGAACUUCAUCUAUGAUUCGAAGUACGAGAUCCGCAAGGAUUCCAGAUACUCUCGCCUAGCCUUGUACGGUCGCCCGAGCUCGUCGACCUCUCAGCGUCCUCACAGUGCUCAGCAACAGGGACAGCAGCAGCAGCACCAACAGCAACAACCGCCGCCGCAGCAGCAGCAGCAGCAGCCGACUCAGCCGCAGUACCAGCAGCAACGGCCAGCUCAAAACCAGCCCAGCGCUCAGCAAACGGGAAUUCAGCAGUCCGUAUCACCGCAGCCUGGAGGAGGACUUUCCAUGGUCCCCCCGGCCCCUCCGAUGUCAAGCAAGCCAAAUUCAUCCAGCUACCAGCCAUCCCCCGCACAAUCGCCCUCUCCAGGCGCUCCUCCACCCUACACUUACACUGGAGACUCCUUCCCGCCGCCGCCUCCGGGACCACCGCCUAGCCAGGGUCAAUCGCAGACGCAAACUACAUCUCAGAGUCAAUCACAAACGCCUUAUUUCCCGCCUCCUCCUUCUCAGGCUGGACAAUCGCAGACUCAGGUCCAGGCUCAGUCGCCAAGCCAAAGCCAGUCAUCUUACUACGCGCCCCCUCCGCACGGAGCGCAGGAGCUGCCCACCCAAACUCGAGGCGUGCAUGAUUACUAUGAAGGCACUAGGGGUCAUGGAGACCACGAACGCGGCUUUGCACCUCAACGCUUCCGCGAGGAGAUAACUCAGUAUGGAAAUGUUCUGCGUGGACAGCUCGCCGGUCAGAUCCACCAAUAUCAAGAUCGCUUCGGUUCCUCCUUUGCUGGACCUAACACCCAGCCCCGAGGCAACAUGUGCUGCCAGAUUGUCCGCAGUUGCUCCAAGUGGAGCAACGGCACCCCCACCGAGCACUCCAUCGCUGAUGCCUACGCUGCGAUUAUCCGCAACAGUGAGCAUUUCGUCUACAUCGAGAACCAGUUCUUCAUCACUGCCACUGGUGACUCCCAGAAGCCUGUCCAGAACAAGAUCGGCGCUGCCAUCGUCGAGCGUAUUCUGCGUGCAGCCAAAUCUGGUCAGAAGUACAAGGUUAUUGUGGUCAUCCCGUCUGUGCCCUGUUUUGCCGGUGACCUGAGCGACGACUCUACCCUCGGAACGCGGGCCAUUAUGGAGUUCCAGUACAACUCGAUCAACCGCGGAGGAAACAGUAUCAUGGAACUGAUUGCUCAGGAGGGCCACAACCCCAUGGACUACAUCCGAUUCUAUAAUCUGCGCAACUACGACCGGAUCAACCUCAGCGGCCCCUUGGCCCAGGCUGAGCAGCGCAGCGGCGUCAACUACGAGGACGCUCGUAAGCAGCAUGAUGUUACUGUUGCUGGUCAAGGCGGUUACGGUCCUGGGGCUCCUCGGGCUGCAUUUGACACCAGUGCUCCAUUCCAGCAGUACCAGCAGGCUGCUCGCGAUGUUGGUGUUGCCAAAUCCGGCUCUGGUCGGUGGGACAGUGUCAGCGAGUGUUAUAUGCUCCACGGCCCCGACCUACGCAACGUGCCAUGGGACGGUCCGGCUGAGGCGGAGAUUGACGCUUUUGUGACUGAAGAACUCUACGUUCACUCGAAGGUAUGCAUAAUCCCGUAUCAUUGCAGCACAGUAAGACUAACAAGUACAGGUCAUGAUUGCUGA